GUUACACCAACCGACUUGGAUUCUGUGGUCUCCUGAAUUGCUACCAAUCUAUUACACCUCAAGGAAGAGUCGAGAGCUGUGUGUACAGGAAUGAGAGCUGCCACCAUUUUCUACACUUAAAUACUUUUACAAACACUCUCACUUGGUUUGAAAUUUUCACAGGGCCAACUGUCUCUGGGGGACACUGGAAGCUGUCAGUCAUUUGCAGUUUUGAUGUCUUUCCCAGCUCAGUGAAUCAACAUGAAGCCCCUAACACCCAUUGGAUCCCCAUCACCUUUAAGGCUCCUCAACAAGGGUCCAGACUACCUGCGCAGGCAGAUAGAUGGCGGAGGCCACGGCCGCUCAAUCAGCGCUGUGGAGAGGCUUGAGGCUGACAAAGCCAAAUAUGUCAAGAGCCAGCAGGUGAUCAACACCAAACAGGAGCCUGUACUGGUCCCCUGUGCUACACCACCACCACAGCCUCGGCGAGCUUUUGCCAUCCCAGGCAGCCUGACACCUCAUCUUUCCCCACGGUGUUCAUCCAACACCCUUCUCUACACUUCUGGCUCCUUCACCUCAAGAGAUGAAAAUGAGAAUGAUGACUCCAGAAAGGAGAACCGACGGACUUCUGUUGACAUUGAGGCGCAUAACAGGAGCAAUGUGAACAAUGUCAUGCCGCCCAACCCCAGGACUCCAGGGAAUAAGACUUUGGUAGCACCACACAGUGCCCCUGUACUCAGAAGAAGUACAGGCAAACGCAUGCUGAGGCCGGACUCCCUUGUCAUUUACAGGCAGAAGAAAGAGUGCAAGAGCCCCAGUGAUGCAGCAGUGGGAGAGAACAAUAACAUGGAAGUGAAGGGCUACAGUUUUGUCCGGCGCCUCUUCCAGGGCUCCAUGAGGGAUAAGAGUAGCGGAGGAAUCCAGAAGAUGGUGAUUGGUGAAGAGAAAGCGCCAUCACGGGAUGGAGACUCCCGCAUGUCUUGGACCAAUGACAAAGACAUUAUGGAUGGUGGACCAGGGAGCAGGAGGUCAAGUAAAACAGAUCAAGAACGCAGCCCAGGGUCAAUCCCCAGCCCCGGGUUUAGCUGUACACUUGAACGGACUAAGAAUGGAUUUACAAAUGGUACCAGUGAUGGAAUUAAAAAUGGUAUGACCAAUGGCAACCACUCAAGUAACCAUGAUGAUGAGAAUGACCCGUGGAAACGGGCGUCACCACUACCAGCACCCAGAAGGCGGUUUGGGGAGUUGCAACGCUCCAAGUCAGACCUGCGUCUGCGCUGCUCAGUAGUGUUAUCAGAGCAUGAGCAUUUCUUUGACUUCUGUGGGCUGGACAUAGACAUGAUAGAGCGUCUGGGUCGAGACAAUUUCCUCUCUGGUGCCAGCUCCAUAGACACACUCUCACUGGCCCUCCGCAGUGUAAGUGGGGACGGCUGUGGUGGCUCAGAGCCCAGUGAGUUCUCCCGGCACUCAGGAGACGGGCUAUUUCAGGAGGAGCUGGCUGAGCAGCUUCCCACUGGUGUGUCAAUCAUUGAGAGAAACGCACGUGUCAUCAAGUGGCUUUACGGGUGUAAGAACGCUGCUCGAGAGGGACCCAAAGAGUCUACUGUUUAAUACAUGGACAAGGAAUCAUGUGCCACGGAGUGUAGAGUCUGAAGGUUGUGUCUUUUCUGAUAAAACAGUAAACCAGGAAGGAACUAAUCAGUGAAAUCGCCUGGUGUAAAAUUUGGUUCUGCAGCAACUUUACUCUUUGUGCAGAAAUUUGCACUAUAAACCAAAAGUCAAAGAUUUAAAUCAUGAGUGACAUUCAAUUGAAUUUCAAAAAAUAACAUUCAGAAUGGGCUGUGAUGAGGUAGCAGCAUUGAUGCAAUGCAUCAUAGAACGAAAAAAUAGGACUUGGUUGUAAUUUGAGUCACAAGCAGCAAUGUGAUUUUUCAUUUAAUUUUUGAAGGAGUGUCAUUGACAGUCAACUUAGGUUUUGUAUUGGGCACGUAGAGUUAGCAUUCCAUGGCACAUGAUUACCUUUAGUCCCUCGCUCUCCACGACUCCAAAGAAACUGUUUCUUCAAAUGAGAGGACAACAAUUGCUACUAGUUAUCUCCUGUCAAAUUGCUAUAUUGUAUUUAUAGAUCCUAUAGAAGUAUUGAAACUUUUUCUCCCAGCAAAUUGUAUUGUUAUCAGUGUAGUGUGUGUGUGUGUGUGUGUGUGUGUGUGUGUGUGUAUGUGUAUGUGUGUGUGUGUGUGUGUGUGUGUGUGUGUGUGUGUGGCUGUAAAGUAUACAUUGCUGUCCUCUCUAUUUGUAGCU